GUGACUGUCCAUGCCCAUGCCUCAUUUCCUCGGCUGUAGAGUACCCUCACAAAUCACAAUACAAUCUAGCCGAGAUUCUCUCGCCUAGCUGCCACAUGCUUUCUUUCUUUCUUUCUUUCUUUCUUCCUGCUGGAGCCUGAAGAUCAGACAAGCAGAUGCUAUAGCUGCUCGAUCACUGUUUCCCCCUUCUAUCCCAGGUCCAGUCGCAUGCAUGUCCAAGUAGGAACGUGGAAAGAGCAUGAUAAUAAAUUAAAAAAAAAAAGCAGAGAUCUUGAUUUCCUCCUUCCUGUCCCUCAAACUCAACCAAAAAAAAAGGAAGAGAAAAGGAAAGAGAGAUAGAAAGAAUAUUCCUCCCUUUGGUGGAUGUCGAUCGAUCGAUCGGUCAGAAAAGGCAAGGGAUGAACUAGCUAGUGUCUUCUGCCGAAUAACCACAGGUUUCUUUCCCCUCCCGCCCUUUGGAAGAAGGUCGCGGAGGCAAAGGAUCGCGAGAGGAUUGGUUGCCGGCCGAGGAGAUGUUCUUCCCUUGUGUACGAGAGGAUUCCUUGUCCACAUUUGAUAGCAGAGCAGCACUGCAAUGAUCGCGCACGUCCCUGUCCGGAGAGUCCAGACCAGCCCUAUCGCCGCCGGAGCCGCACGCAGCCACAGGAAGCUGAUGGCCGCGCCGAAAAGCAGUCCAAUCAGCCAGCCAUUCAAUUCAAUACAAGUGGCCUGAAUCGAAAACAGGACAGGCGCGCACCUCUGGAGACUGGACUCAUCCGUUCGGGUCGUCAUGAAAAGCCAGUCCACGCCACUGCCACAAACUCCGACGCCGACGGCGGCCCCAGGAGGAGGAGGAGGAGGACAUGAGCAGCCCGUGGCUCCGGGCGGCCGGCUCGCCGCGCUCCUGCCAAGGGGGACGAUGGCGAGGCGGCGAGCCGCGCUGGCGGCGCUGCUAGUGCUGCUGCUGCUGGCGGCGUGCACGGCGGCGGCGGCCGCCGUGACCGUGUCGCGGAAGCAGCGGCAGCGGCACCACCCCGGCGGGGCGUCGGCGUCGGCGGCGCGGUCCUGCGACCCCUUCGCGGCGGCAGGCGCGUGGGUGGAGGACGGGUCGUACCCGCUCUACGACUCGGCGCGCUGCCCCUUCAUCCGCGACGAGUUCGCGUGCGCGCGCUUCGGCCGCCCCGACACGGCGUACCUCCGGUACCGGUGGCGGCUGGACGCGCCGUGCGCGCAGCCCGCCUUCGACGGGGCCGCGCUGCUCCGGAUGUGGCGCGGCAAGACGGCCAUGUUCGUCGGCGACUCGCUGGCGCUCAACCAGUACGAGUCGCUGCUCUGCAUGCUCCACGCCGCCGCGGGCCCCGCCGCGCGGACCACCCUGUCGCCGCCGUCCGGGAAGAUCGACCCCUCCUCCACCGUCCGCUUCGAGGACUACAACGUGACCGUCGUGUACUACCUGACGCACUACCUGGUGGACCUCGUGACGGAGCCGCACACCGGCCGGCGCGUCCUCAAGCUGGACGCCAUCGACCAGGCCCGCGACUGGCUCGCCGCCGACGUGCUCGUCUUCGACUCCUGGCACUGGUGGCCGCGCACCGGCGCCACGCAGCCCUGGGACUACAUCCAGGUGGGCGACACGGUGGUGAAGGACAUGGACCGCACGCAGGCCUUCGCCAAGGCGCUGCACACCUGGGCCAGGUGGGUCGACGCCAACCUUGUCCAGACCGACACCAAGGUCUUCUUCCAGGGGAUCUCGCCUUCCCACUACAGGGGCCAGGACUGGGGCGCGUCGCCGAAGAAGACGUGCAUGGGGGAGACGCGGCCGCUCAACGCCACGGGGCCCUACCCGGGCGGCCCGAUCCCGCAGCAGGCGAUCCUGCGCGGCGUGCUGGCGGCCAUGGCCAAGCCCGUCUACCUGCUCGACUUCACCUACCUCUCGCAGCUGCGCAAGGACGCGCACCCCACCAAGUACGACGGCGGCAUCUUCGGCGGCGACUGCACGCACUGGUGCGUCGCCGGCCUCCCCGACACCUGGAACGUCCUCUUCUACGCCGCGCUCACCGCCGGGCAGGGGCACAACUGAUGGAUGAGUACUACGUUUUUUCUUUCUUUCCUUUUUCUUUUUACCGACACGCAGUGUUACGUAGCUCAAUAAGUAAAGGAAAAGAAAAAGAUAGCAGAUUGAUUUCGUAUAGUUACGAGGGGGCCUUCAAAAGAUUUUUCAACCUAAAUGAGUUGAUAGAAGAAUAUCAAAAGAGAAUAUUGUAAUUCAUUCCCGAAUUCAGUUGGCAUUUUUCCUGGGGGUGCUGGCAUUUAAUUUCCUGAAUUCAAUUGCAAAUUUAUCCAGUUUUCUUGGAUGGCUCAUUUUCGUUCAAACGAAGGAUUUAUAUUUUGUAUGAAAAAAUAAAGUUCUUUUUA